CCGGCACGUACGUUCUGGUCCCGCGCUACCGCAGCGCCCUCCGCCGGCUAACCGGCUCGCGCGGGGUCUUGUGGGACUGCGAGUCUUUCGGCCCAGUCGGCCUCCGGCGAGGGCCCGCGUCAGGACUACACUCCCCAGGAAGCCAUGCAAAUCUGCGUGUCUUCUGGGGGUUGUGGUCCAGGGCGGGGCGAGUGCGCGCGAGGUGGGCGGCCGUGGGAACUACAUGUCCCACGAUGCAGCGCGGCGACCGCGGGGGCCGGGGGUUUGAACGGAGGGUCUCCCGCCCGCGGUAGGGCUGCGUCGGCUGUGACGGGUGCGGGCGACGGCGACGACCGGGGCAGGGGUCCAGGCCCGGAGGCUGAGGCUGGCGCGGCGGGCGCUGGGGGCCCUGCCCCCGAGGCGAUGAUGGGCAAGGAAGAGGAGAUUGCGCGGAUCGCCCGGAGGCUGGACAAGAUGGUGACCAAGAAGAGCGCGGAGGGAGCCAUGGACCUGCUGCGGGAGCUGAAGGCCAUGCCUGUCACGCUGCACCUGCUGCAGUCUACACGGGUCGGCAUGUCUGUCAACGCCCUGCGGAAGCAGAGCUCGGAUGAGGAGGUCAUCGCGCUGGCCAAGUCUCUCAUCAAGUCCUGGAAGAAGCUCCUGGAUGCUUCAGAUGCCAAAGCCAGGGAGCAAAGGAGGGGCGGGCCUCUGCCCACAUCGUCCUCGAAGGAGGCCCCCGAGGCCAAGGAUCCCAGCCGCAAGAGGCCAGAGCUGCCCAGGAUGCCAUCGGCCCCAAGGAUCACCACGUUUCCCCCGGUGCCGGUCACCUGCGAUGCUGUGCGUAGCAAGUGCCGCGAGAUGCUGACCGCCGCCCUGCAGACAGACCAUGAUCACAUGGCCGUUGGUGCAGACUGCGAGGGCCUGUCAGCCCAGAUUGAGGAAUGCAUCUUCCGGGACGUGGGGAACACGGACAUGAAGUACAAAAACCGUGUGAGGAGCCGCAUCUCCAACCUCAAGGACGCUAAGAACCCCGACCUGCGACGGAACGUACUGUGUGGCGCCAUAACACCCCAGCAGAUCGCUGUGAUGACAUCGGAGAUGGCCAGUGAUGAGCUGAAGGAGAUCCGGAAGGCAAUGACCAAGGAGGCCAUCCGAGAGCACCAGAUGGCCCGCACGGGGGGCACACAGACGGACCUGUUCACCUGCGGGAAAUGCAGGAGGAAGAACUGCACCUACACGCAGGUGCAGACCCGCAGCUCUGAUGAGCCCAUGACCACCUUUGUUGUCUGCAAUGAGUGUGGAAAUCGCUGGAAGUUCUGCUGAGCCCUCCUUGAGACGCGUGUGAAGCCUUGGGCUGCAGCCAGCACAUUGCCACAGCCUUCCCUGCGUCCUGUCGACAGACAGACACUGCUUCUUGAGACCUACCCUGUGCCCCCCUGAACUCCCCAGGGGGCUGUGCAUCCUGCUCCCCCAUCAUGCCUGCAGUACACCUUUCUUCCUUUCUCCCCAAAUUAUUAAAUGUUUCUUUUUGCCA